CAGGGGAGCUUAUUUCUCGCGCCGCGGCUUGUGAACUGGAACCGACCGGCGUGCGGCGUCCAAAGCCCAGCCAGUCCAAUCCAUUGGCAGCGCGCAGCGUUGUUUUGUUUUGGCGUCUCGCUCCUCGAGCGGCAAGUUGCUGUCGUGCGCGAAGUGUCUGCGACGCCCUUCUCUCGCAGCUUUCGUGCCUCGGUCUGCUCUCACUUGGUGAAGCGGGCCCCGCCUUCUCCCGCCUGCAAAACGGAGCCUCGUCCAACGACCGUCACUUGCGAGACUGCCUUUUUCAGUUCCCUGCGUCGACUCGGCAAAUCAACGCCGGUGCUCUAGAGGCCGUUUGCCGCGACAACGCGAGGCAGGGCAGCAGCGACCAAAAUGGGCAUCGCCAAGCUGUACCGGGCCGUGACCAAGUUGAAGCAACCGUUUCGCUUCCUGGCCCACCUGUCCCUUUGCGGGUUCAUCAGCGGCUUCCUGUUCGUACUCACCGGCGUGCUGCUGCUCGUUUUCUACGGGUCCAACAUUCGCGAGGACGACGCUAUCAAGCGAAUACCAACGUGGAUCGGCAUCAUCGCCACAGGCAGCGGGAUCAUGUUUCUCUUUGUGGGUGUCACUCUGACCAUCUUGCUGUGUAAGCUCUUCAACCAGCAGGCAGCCAGAGAGGGAGAUCACAUGCACAUCCAGCGCUUCCCUUCCCAGCCAGGCCUGUACCCAGUUCAGGCUACAAACGGUGGUGCCUCCGGCGACGCACAGGACACAGCCGAGACCGAAAAGCUCACCUGAUUCUGCUGCAGGCUACAUCUGGCUGGGGAAUUCGGCUUGGCCUGGAAGUUGGCUCUGGUGGUCAUCUCGCUUGCUGGCCUGUUUAUCUGUUUCUUUCCUUGUCCCUCUUGCUGGUGUUUCUUGUUCUUGUGGGCCAGUCCAUUUGGGCACCUCUUAUUUUUGCAUGCUAGUUGUUUUUUCUAUCUUCACUUUGUGAUGUAUUUUGCCCAAUGAGCUUAUUUCUGCCUCUAGAGAAUGGCGUACUUGCAGUAGCAUCAGCAUUAAUUGGCCGAUGCCUGUGCUAGCUUGGCCAUGGCGUGAGAUGAUAAGAAUGAGUCUAGCUAUGCGUGAGAGAUUUGCCGGACACACAUCGUUGGGCAUCUGAUCUUGGUCACAUUGACAGGGUGCCUGUUGGUAAUCCGUUAGCAGAGUUGUUAUCGUGAGAUUUGCCGACCUUUUGUCAGUUUUUUUUCCUUUUCAUGUGGCUUUGCACUUGUAGGCAAGCGGUAAGCUUGGCAAUUAGCUACUGGCUGAUUGCAUGUGACAGAAAGCAGCAUUUGAAGCGCAUAGACACAGGUAUUGUGGCACCUGUGUCUUCCAUGCUGUGCCCUGAAAUGCUUUUUUUAUUCCGCUAACAUUAAGCAACCUGCCAAAGUUUGUCUUCAUUCUGCUUUGAUAGCGGUGGAGCGUGACAGUGCAUCUUUAUGUGCAGAGAACACACGGCUUGUAUUUAGGCAAAAUUAUUUUGCCUAAAUGUAUUUUUGAACCAAAGUUGCUGAAAACAUGUAUUACGCCGUCCUCCAUUCAAUCAGGAUGUGUCUAUCGGCAUGCAUACCUCAGAGAUGAAAUUUUGGUAAGGUGCUCCGUGUCAGUGCAGCACUUGCUAUCGGCCACCAGAAUGUUAUGCAUCGCCACAAUAUUUUAUUCUAUUGUACCAUGUUGAUGCUACUGUCAUGUAUCCCUCACUUACGAUGAUCAAAACUAGCAAUAGCAGCUGCUAUUGUUAAUGGAGCCUUGUCUUUAGUACCAAAAUUAGGUGAAUCUCUGUUGCAUUUAUUUGUUAACCGCCGUGCAUAUUUUCAAGUAUAACUGUCAAAGUUGUCAAAGAGCGGAUAAUAGAUAAAAUGACGUGUCUAGUGCUUGGUUAGACACUCCCCGUGUUGUGAGAUGCCAUUUGUGCAACUGCUCAGUCAGAUUUGCACAGAUAAAUUCAGACGAGUCGGAGCGUUCAAAGAAUACAGCAGCGCUUGGAAGCUGCACUUCGAGUGGCAAGAAUCUACGUGUAUGUGUGUUUUGAUUGUGCUGUUUUGCUCGCUCAUGCUCUGGGUGAUGUCUGUGAACUGAGAGGUGUACUCCACUUACUAUGAAAGGCUUUCUCCUUUGCAGUUCUCUUUUUGAUUUGAUAUGAACACUCUGUUCAGGGUGUAACUUACUUUCCAGCAAUCUUCUGGGGAAUCGGCAAUUUUAUACAUUGCCGUUCAUUGUGUUCAUCUGGUAAAAAUGACAUCAAGGAAUUGUUGUAAAUUCGAGGAUUUGUAGUUAAGUCUCGGCGUUUGUCUUAUCACACUUGGUUGUCAUUUAGUGCAUUGAACUGGGCUGUGCUCAAACCAAAAAGAAACAUGAGCGGGUAAGAACCAGCUAGAAUACAAGUUUGCGUUCUGGCGUUCACGAGUGUGUUGUUCUCGUGUGAUCCAUUCUCAGAUGUGACGUUUUAGGGACCGGAGUGUGUCUCGCAGUCGGCGAUGCAUUGAUGCUGCCUGGUGUUUUCCAUCAGGUCUGUGUAAAUGCUAUUGUGCUCAAUCUUUUCCAAUGCACAUUUUAUUCUGGCCUUGUAGUCUCACUUUCUAGCUGCCUCUCAGGGAUCAUGAAUGAUGGAUGGGUAGGAUAGAGCGGUUAAGACACUGAUGGUAAUUCAUGCAGUUUCUUUAUUGCGUGUUGGUCGGACCAGCACCUGCUCUAUUUUUUCAAUUCCAGUGCAAUCGCUCGCUUCGCAAUGGGAGUCGUUCGUGCGCCCGCAUUGUGACGUUACCCAGAGGAUACGAGUGUUUGCAUCACGCGUGCAUCUGAGCCACUGAGUGCGUGCCACUGCCGUUCGGGAGGGGAUGCGGUAGACGCUUCACGCGUCUGUCAGGAUUACUUCCUCCGACUUCCGUCGUGAGGUGCCACCCAGAGGGUACUCUCUCCCACGACUGUAAAGCAGGCGCGAACGCUAGCUGACGGGGGAGAGGUGGAAAGGGCGAUCGGAGAGGGUGGUGAACCGUUGGAUCGGCUGCAUCUGGCUGGCAUUGAAAAAAUAGAGGAGGCGCUGGGUCGGACGAAUCCCAUGCACUUAGCGGUGGCCAAACACCGAAACCUGAGCACGUGUCUCAUGUGUAAGAUUGCCACCUAUGUUAGACAAAGAAGAUGGGCAAUAAAUAGGGGUGGAAGGGCAAAUAUCACCAAAUUUGUUGUCAAAAGGUACCAUACAAUGAAACAAAAAGCAAGUUGUGACAAAUAUUUGCGUACAACCUGAAUUGCAACUUGUUUUCCGUAAUUGCUAUGCAUCAUGUUUACACCACCGUAAGAAAGGCUGUUGGUAUAUGCGCGGCAGUCAUGGUCAUUAGAAACAUUUCAAAUGCGCUGUUGAACAUUUGCCCUUGUUCUUGGUCUUGAGAACUCAAGCAUAAUCUUCAUUUUAGUUUGUUUCAUAAUUCUCUCCGUGAAACCGGCAACGCGAAUGUUCUUGCAGCACACAUUUUUCACUUCACACAAGGGCAUAGGGAAAACCAGUGAACGCAUGUCAGGUUGAUCCUGCAAAAGACGACGUCUGCAUAAGGCUGGUCGUGCCGCUCGAAAACCACACAAGUGGCAACCCUACUUUCGUGUCUGAUUCACUGUGCUGCUACUGGAAACCUGCCGUAUGAAUUGGCUUUCGACUUGCAGAACAGACCAGGCGAGGUACAACUUUUUGUUUGUUGCUACUGUCCUUGAUGCAAUAUCAGAGCCGAGGGAUUCACCAUGUUACGUUUCAAUAACAAUGUUCCUUGAAACAUUUGAGCAAAAAUGAACAAUUUAAAUGCCAGCCUGCCGUUGCUGGAAAGGUCCAAUUGACCACACUCGUAAUGGAUUGCAGCUUGUCACUUCAUUUGCUAUUUCUCAAUACCUUUCCAGCCGUUUCUCAGUCAUGUAAUCUUAGCCCAUUUGGAGGCGUUACACAUUUCUCCUGAUGUGCAUAAUUUACAUCCUGUUGCCACGUCUCAUAGGCAAGGCAUCUCCUUACGUAGUCAUGCAGUUUACCUGAUUAUUAUAGUAACCUUUCUCGCUGCGUGAUGUGUCCAGCUGUUUGUCUUGCAUAAAUUGGGUUCUUUUGAAAUCUGCCGUCGGGAUCACCUCCAGAGCAUGGCUAUCUCGAAGAAUGACUGCAUCUCGGAAAUAUAUCUUAGCAAUACUACCCUUUGCUUCAAAGUCUGAAACAUUAGGCUGCGACUGUUGUCUUGUAAGAACUCCCAUCGCAGGUCGUGAGAUUCUUGGGAAGCAAGGAAAACUUGUGUUCAGUUUCUUUUCUCUUUUCCUCAACAAGCAAGAAACAUUGCUAUCUCCCUCACAGUUCCUUUGUAGAAUUGAUCAUCGUGGGAUCAUGUUGGUAACCUCUCUCUGCUCCAGACUGUUUGAAAUCUUCAACUUCAGCCAAUUAGCCAGCCACGUUGUGGGUGAGAGGCAUGCCUGGUGUAUACAAAGUGUUUGAGCCACAACAGAAGCUUGUGCCUUUGGCACAGAACAUUGAGCAGGUUGUUCUCAUGGAUGUUCAAAUUUGUGUGUUCAAACGUUCAUGUGCAAAGCUUUCUCACUAUAGCUCACAGUGGGUGUGAUUGUUCAUUUUUUGCUAGUGUCAGGAUGUCUUACACAUUCUUGUAAUCUUUUUAAAUCUUGGAGUGAUCAAGUAAUGGGCUCUUUUUUCCGGAACCCGUUGCUGAGCAUCGUCCAUUUCACAUUUUCAUUCUUGUGUAUGGUGCUAAAAAGACACAAAAACGAAAAAGGACAUAAUAUGGCUAACAGUGCAAAAACGGGACGAAGAUGAGAGAAGCGGAUGGACACGAGCACUGUCAGGUUAGCAGUGCCUGUGUCAUCUGUUUUUGUGAUCUCUGUUCCAUUUUUUCGCUGUUUGACAUAUUAUGUUGUCAUACCAAAAAGCCUGGCGAACAACUAUGUUGCAAAAAAAAAGAAUACAACCAGGGCUCCACAUUUCAGUGCCAUUGAUUUUUGUCCUGACUGACAUAUAGAUAUCAAAGCAUACUCAAACCGUAACAGCAUUGCACAUUUUGUCACCUUUCGUAACAGCACAAUGUUAGUUGUUUGGUUGGGUGAAAAACUUUAUUGAACAGCACAAUGUUAGUGAAUUGUUGUUUUGUGUUACUUGAAAGUUUUUUUUCUCGAGGUCUCCAAGCCUUCAUGAUUUACAACAGUGGGGUGCUGUAAAUACCUCAUGAAUUGCUUCAUAAAUGAACCUAUUUCAAGCACAUUACUUCACCCUCUAGAUGCCGAAAACAAGUUUUGGCUGGCGACAGGAAAAAAUGAAUGAAGGUGGAUAGAGACAGGAAGUGGACAGCGUCCUUGCAUCUCACUCGCGAAUUGAGGCCUCAGCAGCCUCACACAUGGUUAAAGGUCUUGUGUGGUUGUCUGGUGUUGCGAGAAAGCUUGACACAUUAUUAGAUGUGUUGCAGAUGUAAUUGCCUGCUCUUAAAGGCUCUACAAAGAGUGCUAUUGGCCCUUCUUAGUCAACUAUUCUGUGUAGUUACAGGAAGUAGCAAAAAGCAUGGCAGCUAUCGCUAAGAUUUACAAUGCUUUCUUGAUUGUUGUCUCUUUUGAAAAAGAUGUAAAGACAUGCUGUCAGACUUAUUGGACUCCACAUAGAUUAGAUGGUUGGUAUGGAGAUUAUGGCCAACUAAUAACAGUGCGUAAUACAACGGAUGUAACAUACGUACAAAAGACAUAUACAGCGCUCUUCAAUGUUACGUCCCUUGUUUUGUGCACUGGUGUAGGCUCUAGUGAAAAUUACGGUUUUAGUGGCUCUAGGACAUGUCAGCCCCCAAACCAACAAGCCCAACUGGUUACCCUCCUCAAAGUGAGUUGUCAUCAAGUACAUUUGAGAAUAGCCAAAUUGUGUCUUGCUGGAAAAACGCCAGAAAAAUGCAUUUGCAACCCGAGAUACCAUAGAUUAUAUUAUGCAUGUGGGCAGUUUCAUUAUGCAUCUUGAGCCUCCUUCUUACGUGGCUUUGAAAAAAGGAAACUCGUAAUAGUAUGCCACAACCAAUCUGGGAUCCUGUAGAUUACAGAUCUUGCACUUGUUCAGUUGAUGCUUCAUCCUUAUUCCCUCUUGCACAAGGUGCAACAUGAGCUUUAAGAAAUGUACUCCUGUCCCGUGACACAUUUUUGUUGUUGAAACCGCAAUGAAGAUUAUUAUUUUUGCAUUGUGCAAAUGAUGGAAACCCUGUAUUUACACACCCAUACUUGACAUGCCAAGAAUGGAACUGAGGGACACUGUAUAGGUGCAGAAAAACUUUUGGAACUGAGAUGUUUGUCACUAGUGUUUCAGACUGUGGGAUGUUUUUUUGUUUGUUUCUUUUUUUUUUUCGGUACAACUCUUCGAGUGAAGCAUUUGUUCCUAUUGUGUGUGCAUAUUGUAGUUUUGGGCUGUGGUGUGUGUGAACUACUGUGAUAUGUCAAAGGAUGAGAAUCCACACUUCAUGAACUGGAGAACCUGUCAUAAAAACUCGACAAAUCUGUGAUUGUCAUGAGAGGAGAGAGUCUGCUGUGGGGCACACCCUUAUCCGAACGCGACUGUCGAAGACGAAAAUGUACAUUUUUGCUGUGCUUACAUACACUUUGGUCUUUUAAUUAAGGUGUCUUUCCUCAUUGUAGUAUAUUUAGUCGCCCCUCUUCAUGUACAAAUUAAUUCCGUGUGAAAUAAAGUCUGUGCUUAUAUGCGA